AUUGUUUCGUCAGGCUAUACAGAAAGAUGUGUAAAGUAAUCUCGAGUACAAUUUUAGUCCUCUUCAACAUCCCACUUGUGCUUGUUGGUUUAGGACUUGUGGUUUUUGGAGCUUUAAUACGAUGGAAUGAAAAACUUUUGGUUGAGCGAAUUACUCCUACGGUUAUCGAAGAAAUAGAUGAUGAGAAUGCCCGUGAAGCUGCUCAAAAAUUGGUAGAAGAAAGAAUAACUUUAUUUGCUUCUUAUGGUUUGGCAAUUUUCUUGUUCGGUCUCUUUAUUUGCGUAUUGUCGUUAUGUGGAAUAUGUGGAGUAUGCUGCAAAAGUAAAAUCUUACUUGGCUUAUAUGCAGCCUUUCUUCUAGUCAUAUUUUUGGCGCUGCUCGUAUUCACUAUUGUAUUUGGAACACGUAAACACUGGUUCCGUGAUGAGUUGGGUAUAAGUUAUAGAAGAUCAAUUACUAGUGAUUAUCAUAUGGACAAUAAUUUUCCACCGAACACCGGUUUCACUGUAUUUGUUAAUGAAAUUCAACAAAAGCAUAAAUGCUGUGGUUCUUUUGACUAUCGUGACUUCCAAGAUAAUGAAUCAUUCAAACGACAAAAUUAUAAGAUUCCAGCCUCUUGUUGUAAAGACAUAAAAGACAAAGAAUGCUGGGAACGUCCGACAACACAAAAUAGUUAUAAAGAUACUGUAAGUUUUUAUCUUUACUUUUUUCUAUAAAAGAAAAUCGAUAAACACUGGUAUUUUCCAAAAAAAGACUUUAUUUUAGAAGUGAUUCGCGUAUACAACAUGACCACCAUAGAGACAUAUACAGUGGCACCAAUCCUUAACGUUGCACGAUAAAAUAAAAAUAAUAAGUAUUUCGUAGAUGUUAGGCUAACUGACUUAAUAUAACAGAAAACUGGCUCCAUGGUUGUUGUUGUUGUUGUAUAUCGAAGAUACUGAAAACAGUGUCUGAAGAAAUCACAUGUUUUCACUAAGGGAAAUCGCAAAAACAAAUAUCUAUCUAAUAAUGAUGUGUUAGUUAAUACUUUACGAGUACUUGUCUAUGAAUGUGAAAGAAAAGAGUGAUAUCUGAUAAUAAAUGAGGCAUAAAAAUGAAUUUUAGACUUCAGUAACUUCCAGAAUAACUGCUAAAAACACUGAUUAGUUUUGAAAGUGCUAAAUACAGACAAUAAUACCAAAAUACAAAUUUAAAGUGUGAUAUAAACAUAUUCUCUCUACCUAUUUGAACUAUCAAAUGAAAAAGGCCUCAUGGAUAUAACAGUCGGUAAAUUCGAAUAUUUGGUUUAUAUAGAUGAUGCCUGUUUGUUCAUACUUAAGUGAAUCCUUAACUGAUAAAACAAAUUUUUUCAACCGCGCAGGCGGUUAGAUCAAAUAUCGACCUGAAAAGUGCUACUAAUGUCAAAAUGGUUGUUUCGAGUUUCUAUGGUCAGCGGCACAACCAAGCUAUCGAAUUAUUCUUUAUAUCUUAAUUGGUCUGCUAUUACUUACGUUUACAUUCGCGGUUGUCUCUAUUUACUUGCUUACACGAUAUUCAAGGGAGAAAAUGCAAUUGUUAUAAAGACAAACACUUUCACCAUUUCAUUCGCUUUAUAUCUCUGUCUCAUCUAUUAUCCCAGUUGAAUUUAUUUUUAGCACAUACACCCUAUUUAUUUAACGUAUUAUAUACAAAUAUCUAGGAUCAUCAUAUAAAUUUUAAAAUGGGACACUGUCAAUUUAUGAAUAUUUAAAUAUGGUAACAAUUUUUGCCAUCAGUGUACUUCGUACUAAUCGCUUAAACACACAGAAAAGUAGCAAUACAUCCAAAGUUAAAUUGGCGCGAAGUCAAUUUUCGGUUUAG